CAUCAUCUCGAGCCCAAAUUCCUUCUACGGAGUAGGCAAUUGAUUGCCCUUCCUCACGAGAUAUAUACUCACCUUCUGUCUACGUGGUUUUUUAUCCGUGCUGGUUUCUGAUUGGCCCCUCAGUUCUGGACAAAGGUUAAGCUCUUGGGGACCUUCUAUCAGAGGUUAGCUUUCACCUUGUCUUGUGGGGUACCGACACGAACUCCUGGUUGCGGAGAUACUGUCGUGCUUGAAGCUCCAGGGUUGCAAUUACACUCCCCCUCCCCCAUCUCUCUUCCGCUCCUCGUUCGAUCCCUCUUCUUCAAUUAAACUUCAUAAGUCCUCGGCUUCACGUCAAGAUGACAGUACGCGCAAACAAAUUCACGCCCGAGGUCCUUCUUUCUGCCCCGCGCAGGUCCGCCGCAACUCCUAAUCCAGCUGGGACCCUCGCAUUGUUCACUGUCUCAACCUACUCCUUCCAAUCGCAUUCGAAGACGUCAGAGAUUCGGGUUCUAGAUAUAAAGACUGGGCAAUCGCAGCUGUUGAGCAGUGAUCUUAAUGCGACUGAACCGACAUGGUUGUUGGAAAAGAACCUAGUGCUGUGGUUGACAGGAGGGGAGAAGGGGAAGACGAACCUGGUGCUCGCAGAUGCUGAAAACCUUGCUCAGAGGCCCGAGACAAUCGCAACGUUCGAUGGGCAAGUCUCCAAUCUGAAAGUCAUUCGACUCGACUCCGACACUAUAGCCCUCGCUGUCACAGGACUGGCCUCUCCAUCGGGGGAAUUAUACAACUCAGAGAAUACCAAGAAACCACAAUCAACAGGGAAGGUGUAUUCGAGUCUGUUCGUGAGACAUUGGGAUGCAUACGUGUCAGAAUGUACGAACAGCAUCUGGUACACUACGCUCAGAAAGUCGCAAGGGAUACAGGGCAUGAAAGUGGAACCUUUGAUAAAUGCGCUGAAAGGUCACUCAGUCGCACUGGAAUCCCCGGUGCCCACUUUCGGAGGGCGAGGAGAUUUCGACAUCAGCAAAAAUGGUCUUGUCUUCGUUGCCAAAGACCCGAAGCUUAAUCCCGCCAACUAUACCAAGACUGACCUCUACUAUAUCCCAUUGAAAACCUUCAGGGAGUCCCAAGCUCCUUCGCCUCAGAUUGUCAAGACCGGGAAUCUGAAGGGAUACAGCAAUAGUCCAGUGUUUUCGCCAGAUGCCAAGUCCGUCGUGUUCACAAGGAUGCGGAGUAUUCAGUACGAGAGUGACAAGCCCAGGCUACUUAUCGUACCUGAUAUCACAGAUCUUACCAAUGUCCAGGAAUUCUUUGAAACAGAGGAUGGUGAAGGAGGCUGGGAUUUGAGACCAGAAAGUAUCACAUUCAGCCAAGACGGCUCGGAGCUUUAUGUAACAGCGGAGGAGAACGGCCGGGGAAAGCUAUUUAAGCUGCCGGCCUCACCACGCUAUGCGACCAAUCUACCCCAGGCCCUUGUUAACAAUGGGACUGUCACCGACGCAAAAGUCCUUCCAGACGGAAAAUUGUUCAUUAGCAGUAACUCGCUGGUGGAUAAUAGUGUCUAUUCUGUUCUGGACCCCAAAGAGCCAUCAAGUUCUUCCAUAAUCUCGUCCAAUUCCAAAUCAGGCAAGACGUUCGGGCUUUCUCAGGAUCAAGUUGAUGAGUUCUGGUACACUGGUGCCGGCGAUUAUAAAGUUCAUGCUUGGGUAGUGAAGCCAUCGAAUUUUGAUAAAUCAAAGAAGUAUCCUCUGGCAUAUCUCAUCCAUGGUGGGCCACAAGGCGCAUGGAAUGAAGCCUGGUCCACCAGAUGGAAUCCAGCUGUAUUUGCCGAGCAGGGUUACGUAGUCGUAACUCCCAACCCAACUGGAAGCACAGGGUACGGUAUGGCUCUCCAAAAUGGAAUCAAAAAUCAAUGGGGUGGGAGACCCUAUUUGGACCUUGUUAAAGGAUUCGAAUAUAUCGAAUCCAAUCUUCCCUUUGUAGAUACCUCUCGAGCCGUCGCACUCGGAGCAUCUUAUGGUGGAUACAUGGUGAACUGGAUCCAAGGGCACCCCCUAGGGCGUAAAUUCAAAGCGCUCGUCACACACGAUGGAGUCUUCAGCACCUUGAACCAAUAUGCCUCGGACGAGCUAUUCUUCCCUCAUCACGACUUUGGCGGAACGAUAUGGGAAAACCGAGAAGGAUACGAGAAAUGGGAUCCGGCUAAAUAUGUGCAAAACUGGGCGACACCACAUCUGAUUAUCCAUAAUGAGUUGGACUAUCGGCUCCCAAUCUCGGAGGGUCUGGCCCCCUUCAACGUCUUGCAGAUGAAGGGGAUCGAUAGCCGGUUUUUGACAUUCCCAGAUGAGAAUCACUGGGUAUUGAAACCAGAAAACUCUCUGGUAUGGCAUAAUGAGGUGUUGGGCUGGAUCAACAAGUACAGCGGGAUUGCGAAGGAGCAGGAGGAGCUGCGGACUGGCGCGACGGAAAUGAAGCUAUGAAUUAGGAUUUGGUAGUGAACAAGAUCUUUCUCGCGAAGUGCAUUUGUACAAAAUCAACCCAAGAUCCGAUCUUCUCUAUCUAUCUAGGUAGGUAAGGUAGGUAGGUAGGUUUCAUCUUAUCGAAACCUGAUUUCACAAUUGCAUCUUCCGAGCAUAUGUCCAGG